AUGCACCAAUCGGGUGCCACGUCAGCGGGGCCUGCUGCUGACGUGGCCCUCUCUGAUUGGCUGCCUGUAGUUGAGCUGGUGCUAGUUUCAGACGAGGAAGCAGCGACGGCCAUGCCGAAAGUGCUGCCACACGUGUGCAGGUUGAUAGCAGAGAGCGCAGGGUCGUUUGUCAGCUCAGUGCCACGGCACCUGCUGGAGUAUGCAUACGAGAGUGCGGAGAGUUCUACUACGAGGUGGCUGGAGUAUUCAUAUGAGAGCGCCGAGAGAUUCUAUGACGAGGUGGUAACCGCCAUGCUCGGCACUUCACCCUCGUCGCCAACGGGGGGUGACAAUCAAGGGGCGGAGGAGCACUCCUGCCCCUACUCCAUCCUCGGCAUUGCCAAGAGCGCUGCUCCCUCUCAGGUGCUCCCUCAUAGGUGUGUUGGGUUGGGACUCCUGCCCCUCUCAGGUGCUCCCUCCCAGGUGCGCCCUCAUAUGUGCUCCAUCACAGGUGCUCCCUCACAGGUGCUCCCUCACAGGUGCUCCCUCACAGGUACUCCCUCACAGGUGCUCCCUCUCAGGUUUUGCCCUUUCUUUGUGCCCUGA